UCCCCUCCCCUCCCCUCCCUCCUCGGUCGCGGGCAGUGACGGCGGGUCGGCCAUGAGCCUGUGGGUGGACAAGUACCGUCCCGGCUCCCUGGCCCGGCUGGACUACCACAAGGACCAGGCCAACCAGCUAAGGAACCUGGUACAGUGUGGGGACUUUCCUCAUCUUCUAGUGUAUGGACCAUCGGGAGCUGGGAAAAAGACACGAAUAAUGUGUCUUCUGCGGGAGCUGUAUGGUACCGGAGUGGAGAAAUUGAGGAUUGAGCAUCAAGCCAUCACAACCCCUUCUAAGAAGAAAGUUGAAAUCAGCACCAUUGCAAGUAAUUACCAUCUUGAAGUUAACCCAAGCGAUGCAGGCAACAAUGAUCGUGUGGUAAUCCAGGAGCUGUUAAAAACAGUGGCACAAUCGCAGCAGCUCGAGACGAGCACCCAACGGGAUUUUAAAGUGGUCUUGUUGACUGAAGUUGACAAACUCACCAAAGACGCCCAGCAUGCCUUGCGCAGAACCAUGGAGAAGUACAUGGCGACCUGCCGGUUGAUCCUGUGUUGCAAUUCUACAUCUAAAGUAAUCCCGCCGAUUCGAAGCAGGUGCCUGGCUGUCCGUGUGCCGGCUCCCAGCAUCGAAGAUAUCUGCCACGUGUUGUCUACCGUGUGCAAGAAAGAGGGUCUGAGCCUCCCUCCAGCCCUGGCUCGCCGGCUCGCAGAAAAGGCCAGCAGGAACCUGCGCAAGGCGCUGCUCAUGUGCGAGGCCUGCAAAGUGCAACAGUACCCUUUCACCGCCGACCAAGAGAUCCCCGAGACAGACUGGGAGGUGUAUCUGCGAGAGACGGCUAACGCCAUUGUCAGUCAGCAGACCCCUCAAAGGCUUCUUGAAGUUCGCGGACGACUUUAUGAACUCCUAACUCACUGCAUUCCUCCUGAGAUAAUAAUGAAGGGACUUCUCUCAGAACUUUUAAACAACUGUGACGGACAACUGAAAGGCGAGGUGACCCAGAUGGCAGCCUACUAUGAGCAUCGCCUACAACUGGGCAGCAAAGCCAUCUACCACCUAGAAGCAUUUGUGGCUAAAUUCAUGGCACUGUAUAAGAAGUUUAUGGAGGAUGGCCUGGAAGCCAUGAUGUUCUAAUUUUUCUUGCUGUGGACGCUUAUAAUCCUUUUAUACCGAGAGCAUGAUGUUCUAAUUUUUCUAGCUGUGGACGCUUAUAAUCCUUUUAUACCGAGAGCUGUAGGGCAAAUAAAUUCCUGCUUCCUUUAGCAUUC